UGAGUGAAUUAAAAGCCUUGUGUCAUCAGUAUUACAGAGAUGUGUGCAGCACUUUAACAGUUUUGUAUUUUCAGCAGAUUCCCGAAAACACAAAACUCAUCCUUUGUGAUUGGCUGUGGCUCAGGGCGCCUCUUUGUUCCAUUGUCCCGUUCGUUCUCUUGGGUUCCUGCGUGCAAACAAAACUUUUCUGCCCCUGUGGGCCACAUCGGGCUCCUCCGACCUUUGACAAUCGCUGCCACUCCCUGAGGAAGGUUAAAGGCUACAGUGCGUUUUGCAGGAUGUACAGCUUCAUGGGAGGCGGGCUGUUCUGCGCCGGAGUCGGAAACAUACUCCUCAUUGUCUCCACGGCAACAGACUACUGGAUGCAGUACCAUCACUCCACUAAUUACAUGCACCAGGGCCUGUGGCGGUACUGUGUGCCGGGGAAAUGUAUGACACACACAGACAGCAUCGCGUACUGGGAUGCCACCCGGGCCUUCAUGAUUCUUUCCCUGCUGGCUUGUUUCAUCGGCAUCGUGAUUGGAGUCAUGGCCUUCAUCCACUACAGUUCCUUCGAUGGGUUUGAUAAGACAUUUGCAGCAGGCAUCCUCUUCUUCAUCUCCUGUUUCUUUGUGUUGCUGGCUAUGGCCAUCUACACAGGAGUGACAGUGAAUUAUUACGGUAAGCGUUAUGGCAGCUGGCGGUUCUCCUGGUCUUACAUCAUGGGCUGGGUGGCCGUGGUGCUCACGUUCUUCUCAGGUAUCUUCUACAUGUGUGCCUACAGAAUGCACGAAUGCCCGAGGAACUCAAACUCACGCUGAUUUGACCAUCAUGGACACCGUACAGGCCAUGAAGAACCUUUCCUACAGUUACCUGUUGUGCUGUAUCUCCACAUAGAAGCAGAA